CUGUCUCUUCGUUUCCCACCGCAGUCACAGAGGACACGGUAACCCACAAAGUACCCCGUUUAUUCCACCGGGACAUCUCUUAAUAAGACACGAUGGGCUCGCUGAAAGCUCUCCAGGAGUGGUGCCGGAUACAAUGCGAAGAUUACAACGAUGUGGAAAUCAGGAAUAUGUCAACGUCUUUUCGAGACGGCUUGGCAUUUUGUGCCAUCAUACACCGUUACAGACCAGAUUUGAUAGACUUUGACUCGUUAUCUAAAGAGAAUGUCUUCGAGAACAACCGACUGGCAUUUGAGGUGGCAGAAACACAACUGGGAAUUCCGGCUCUGCUGGACCCCGAGGACAUGGUGUCCAUGAAAGUGCCUGACCGCCUCAGCAUCAUCACCUAUGUCUCUCAGUACUACAACUUCUUCACCAACAAGGCUCAAGUAAACCCUCCUUGCAUGAAGAGGCCAAGUGUUAUAGGUCACAAUGAGCCAGCCCAGAAAAAGCUUACGCCCCCUUUGGAAGACAACGUGGUUGAGGCAGAGCUGAGCCAGACCGCUCAGACAGGUGUAGAGGCGGUCGUGGCAGGCAAGCGCAGCACCCUCAGCAGCUUGUGUGCUGCCUGUCAGAAACAUGUCCACCUAGUGCAGAGGUUCCUGGUGGAUGGCAAGCUCUACCACCGCAACUGCUUCAGGUGCAGAGAGUGUUGCAGCACUCUACUUCCUGGAUCCUACAAACUACAAGGCGACUCCGGGUCAUUGGUCUGCACUCAUCAUUUGACGAGGCCUGCGCUAGCGAAUCAGAAUGGUCGGCCAGACCUUAGUAACCGACCGACAGGAGUUCAGUCAACCAGGACUGGUCGAGCAGCCCAACGCGAAACCCCGCCCCCUGAGGGGAACGAGGCAAAAACUCCACCCCCAGAAGAAGUCACAUUUAAUCACAAUGUGAGCACACACAAUGACUCUGUUUCAACCACUGCUGUUAAAACACACAAAAUGGACACAUUGGAAAAAGAAGUAGAGGGGGGUGUCAUUGAAGACCAUCAAGAAAAUCCAGCUCCGUCUUCUCCUCCCAACCCCUUUGACGAGAGUGAUGAGGAAGAGGAAGCGAGAGGAAAGGAGGAAGAGAAUCCAACACCAACCAAAGGUGUCAAUGGUGUCUUCAUUUCUACACCUGUCACUCACUUUGGAGGUACCAAUCGGCCGGUGCCAGCCCCACGCCGUGUUUCUGAACCCACACCUCCUCCUCGCCCCGCCCCCAGGGCCCGCACUCCUCGCACAACAGACAGCUUUACAGUCAAUGGUGAAAAUCAGAAGCCUCUGCUUCCUCCCAAACCUCGAGAGAGAUCCCACUCUCCUGGAAGCCUGUCCAGUGACACCCCAAAACCUAAAGACCCGCCUUGGCUUGCCCUAGUCCAAUCAGAACCCAAGAAGAAGCAAGCCCCUCCCCCUCCCUCAGCUGGAUUGGCAACUCCUCCCAACAUGGGCUCUCUGUCCUCUCUCAAAGGGGAGAGCUCCACGCCCAGUAUGCCUCUUCCACCAUCCAACCCGUUUGAGGAGGAUGAGGACAAUGACGAGGCAGAGGAAAAGGAGGGUGUCGGGGAAGAUGUGAUCCCCACCACAGUGGCGGCAAAUCAUCCGUGGUACAGAAUCACACAUGCUGCGGAGGCUACAGGUACAGACACACCCCUCGGUGAUGGUAGCUCCUCUCACUCUGCCAGCCCCAAGGGCAACAAGAGUAAGAGACGGCCUGCACCCUGCGUCCCACAGCCCCCAACCUCCAACCCAGUUCUCCCUUGCUCUCAGCCCUCCUCUUGCUCUCCCUCUCCAGCUCUAAGCAUGGAUAGUCUUUCCUCUGGCUCAGACCACAGCUCUUCCCAGCCCCCUUUGGGAGACAGUGCCAGCAGCAGCCAAGAACAUCCUUUUACCAAAAGCGUCUCAGAGCCCUCCAUCUGUGGACCGUGCGACUCCGGCCCCUCCCCCGCCGCCUCGUCAGCCGAGCGCCUGUCCCGUCUCUCCCCGAGCCCUUCCCCUUCUUGCACACCACCCAAUGCCAGCUCGGCCCCAGCCACCCCACAGACCAAUCGGAGCUCUGGGAGCAAAGGGGGUCGGCCCCCUCCGCCACGGCCCCCUACAACCCCUAGUCCUCUAGUCUCAGGAGCACCGGUUUCAAACAACAAGCGAAUCUGUAAGGAGAACCCGUUCAACAGGAAAGCCUCUCCCUCCCCUGCUAAGUCUAAAGCCAGACCGCCACGGGGGCCGCCACCUGCCAGACCCCCUGCCCCAGGCCACGGCUUCCCACUGAUCAAACGCAAGGUUCAGUCUGACCAGUACAUCCCAGUGGAGGACAUCUAUGGAGAGAUGAGUCAGUUGGAGAAACAGCUAGAUGAACUGGAGCAGCGAGGAGUGGAGCUGGAGAGGAAGCUAAGAGACAACCCCAAUGACGAGGAAGAGGAGCACCUGUUGGUGGACUGGUUUACGCUUAUCCAUGAGAAACACCUUCUUGUCAGACGGGAGGCUGAACUGGUCUACACGGCCAAGCAGCAGAACCUGGAGGAGAGGCAGGCAGAUGUUGAGUAUGAGCUGAGGUGUCUCCUCAAUAAGCCAGAGAAAGAGUGGAGUGACGAGGACAAAGGUCGGGAACAGGAGCUGAUGGCAGAGCUGGUCACCAUCAUCGAACAGCGCAACCAAAUCAUCAACAACAUGGACCAGGACAGGCAAAGGGAAGAAGAGGAGGAUAAGCUAAUGGCAGCCAUGCUGCAGAAAAAAGACUUCCAUAAAGAUCCAGAGAAUGAGCCACAGAAGAAAAAGGGUGCAAAGUUUAAACCCAUGAAGGUGCUAAAGCGCCUCAGCAAUAAGGGAGAACCUGGCAAAAGCCCGAGCCCACGAAAAGAGAAAAGCUGA